AUGCAAAUCAUUUGGCGAGAAUCGGCGGAUACCGCCACCUAUGAGGAUGCUCGUGUUGGUCGGGUGUUCAAUCAUCGUCGUCCUGAGCGUUUUCCAUUGGCAGUCGUGAAAGCGACUUGUCAGGAAGACAUCGUGGCUGCUGUCAAAUUAGCUGCAGAGAAGAAUUGCCGGGUUGCCGUUCGAUCCGGUGGACAUUCCUGGGCAGCAUGGAGUGUGCGCGAUAACUCGAUUCUUAUCGAUCUGGGCAACUACAAGACCAUGGAAGUUGAUGCGAACAAUAAAAUGGCCCGUGCCUCGCCGAGUAUGACUGGUAGAGAACUGAACUCUGUCUUGAUCAAGGAUCACCAGCUUAUGUUCCCUGGUGGCCACUGCCCCGAUGUUGGACUGGGGGGCUUUUUGCUUCAAGGUGGAAUGGGAUGGAAUUGUCGCAAUUGGGGCUGGGCAUGCGAGCGAGUCCAAGCUGUUGAUGUUGUGACAGCCAAGGGAGAAUUGCUUCAUUGUAAUUCUGAGCAGAAUCAGGAGCUUUACUGGGCAGCACGAGGGGCCGGACCUGGCUUCCCCGGUGUGGUCACCAAGUUUCACCUUCGGUUGAACCCGUACCCGAAGAAUGGCUUCCGGUCCUCUGGGUAUAUUUACCCAAUUGAAAUGUAUCGGGAAGCUCUCAGCUGGGUCAUUUCUAUCUCACCAGAUUUUGACAACGACACUGAAAUCGCUGCAAUCUCGCAUUAUCCCGACGGCAGCGAUGAGAUGAGAUUGUUUAUCCUCUUCGUAACCAUGAAGGAUGAGGCGGAAGACGCGGAGAAAGCGCUUCGUGCGGCUCAAGAUACUCGACCUGCGGGCUGUGUAGAGGAGUGGUUCUGCAAGGAGGACAGUCUUGAAGAGCAGUACGACAAACAAGGUCACGCUAAUCCGGAGAAGCAUCGCUACUGCGCGGACAAUGCUUACAUUCAAAACGACGCUGAUGUUCCAGCAGUGCUGGAGGAGGCAUUUACAACCCUGCCACACAAGAAGUCCUUUGCGCUGUGGUUUGCCAUGAACCCUUGCAGUCGGAGAAAGCUUCCUGACAUGGCCCUCAGCAUGCAUUCGGACCAUUAUUUCGCUCUCUAUACCGUAUGGGAAGAUGCGCAUGACGAUCCACGGUGCCAAGCUUGGGUUCGAAAUGUGAUGAAGGGAGUAGAGAGACAUUCGGUCGGUGCUUACCUGGGUGAUUCGGACUUCCAGGUGCGCAAGACCAAGUUCUGGGCUGAUGAUAACGCCCGACGUCUGAUGGAGAUUCGACGCAAAUUGGAUCCCCAGGGAAGAAUCUGCGGCUAUCUGGACGAAGGUGACUUGUCUGGUACUCGUGGACUGGACAACGCGCACCAGUGGAAGAUUUGA